UUUGUCGACACUUUUCCGGCACAACAGACGCAACAUUUGCCGAGAGAGAGCCGCGCGAGCGGAUAAUAAAUUUCCAGUGAAACAAGUAAAAAAUUGCACACUUGACAAUUAUGUAAAGCUUCGCUUGGCCCAAGAACUUAUACACAAACGAAAAUGAAUAAACUCGUGGUACCGUAAAAACUAUCAAACCAAACUGACAAAGUGGAAAAACUAGAAGAACAUAAAACUCGAAUCAAACAAAGGGGAAAACUCGCUGAAAGUGCUGGCAAUUAAAAAUAAUUUCACAAAUUGCUAACGAACAAGAAGGAAAUAAAAGGGAAACCCGAAACUUGAAUGUCGCGCAAAAUGUUGCAAGUGCCGGUGGCAACAUUUCUGUUGCUGCUGCUGCUGCAGAGUGCCACAGCCUCUCCGGCUGCAGCUGCAGCUCCGGCUGCCUCCCCAGAUGCAUCCACCAUCAGCUUUCCCAUGGAGCGUCAAAUCGAUGCCAGCUUGAAGAAUGCCAAGCAGAUUGAGAGCAGAGUGCUGCCCGAGUUGGAUGGCCUGCAACGCAAUCAGGAAGAUGAGAAGUGGCAGCAAGUCGUCCGGUUUAUUGACGAUGGUUUUCCCGUCCUCGAGCUGUAUGCCUACAAGUUUAAGAGGGACAUUCCCUAUACCUUGAUUGUGCCCAAAAUCGAUGUGCGGACCAUCGAGAAGCCGCGAUUGAAGGAGUUCAUGUUGGAGCAUUUGGUGCCGGGGAAACUCUUUGACAGCUACAGCGGUGUGGCCAAUAGCAAGGAGGAGGAGGAGUCCUACGGCAAUGGGAACGGACAUAAAAUCGUUUUUCGUAAAUUGGAAAAAUCCCACAACAAUGUUUGGCUACUCAAUGGACAGCAAAUACUCUACAAGCUGCGUAUCAAUGAGAAUUUGAUGGCCAUCGGAAUUGAUGGUUUUGGGGAUCGAAAGUCGCCCUACUCCAAGCGGAACAUACAGGAAACGAACAACCGCUACAACGACCCGCAGCCACUGGAACAGCCAAACAUUACGAAUGCACAUGCCAAAGUGGAGCCCAUUAUUAAGGAGUCGAAGGCCAGUCCGCUGAUGUCGUUUUUGGCCAACAUGAAGACGGGCACGAAAGUGUUCCAACACUUUCUAUCGAAAAGCAAUCUGACACGCAUAAUGGAUGACAAUGCCUAUACGGUGCUGAUACCCUCGGACAAUGCCUUCCAGCGUUGGCAUCCCAUCGAUUGGGGCUUCUAUCCGUUCAGUGUGCCAGAGUUCACCGAGUCGGUGCUGCUCAAUCACUUCCUGCCCAUGCAGCGGCCCCUCCGACUCUCGGAUGUGAGGAACAUGGACGAGGUCGUCGUUCACACCAUGGGCGGCGAUGAUGUCGUCUUCCAUGGCCAACCCACCCCCACGGUGAAUAAUGUCAGCAUUAUGUCCGACUUCACCCUCUCCAACGGCAAUCAGGUGUUCAUUAUUUCGGAGGUGCUCUUUGUCACCGAGGCUGUCGUCUCCAAAUUGCACCAGAUGCACAAGGACAAGGAGACUCCGCCGCUGCUGGCAUUCCCCUGGUUUGGCGCACAGUUUUUGUCGCAUUCGUUUUUGGCCCUGGAAAGGGAUCCACGCUUCACACAGAUUACUAGAUAUCUAAACAACGCAGAGAUUGCUCCACAUAUCUCAGGAGCCAAUUACACUUUCUUUGUGCCCGAGGAUCGGGCCUUUGAGAAGCUUGGUUUCGAUCGUCUGUCGGAUGAGGUAAUGGCCUCGCAACGUGGAAUUAAAAUGCUCUUAAAUCACUUUGUACGCGGCCGUCUUUACAACCGUGAUCUGCGCGAUAAUGAGGUCUACGAAACGAUCGGCGGCGGUCACAUAAAGAUCACACGGAAUCCGGGCAGCAACUAUACGGGCGUCAACAAUGCCCAGAUAACGGAGAGUGAGGUAUUCGUGUACAACCUGGGCACCAUGUACUAUCUGGAUGACAUCCUGUACUCGCACAUACUGCGCGACUUCAUCAGCAAAUCGACCAAGACGAGAUCGAAUCGAAAUGGCGGCGACUCUGGCGGAGGAUCGCGCAGCACUUCCCGUCCCAGCGAUGUGGAGAUUGUGCCCAAUGAGUUCGAGAGUGAACGCAAUGGCGGCGACUAUGCCAUCCAUGGCGAUGACGAGGACUUUGAGGAUGAGAUCAUUACGCCAAAAGCGUUGCCCGUCCAGAUCUAUGAGUUGCCCAAGUAGAGACCUACUCGUAGGAGAAUUCAGGCCGUGGGGAAGUUUGAUAUGGGUUUUACAUACAUAAAGUUAAAAUAUAAUUUCUUUCGCGUGAGAUCUGUGAGGAGGGUGGCGCUUAAAGCGUUUUUGUAUAGUUCUGGGCUAAUUUUUUAAAAGCAUUUCUCUAGUUUAGUUCAUAGUUUCUUGUGUACAUUUUAAGUUUAGCAUUGAACGAGGCGGUGAAACGAAGUAUACUACAACAGCAAAACCAGAAAGAGCAGCAGAAGAUACGGCAACAAAUAUACUAUACCUAAUCCUAAAGAACUUAUCAGCAAUUUAAACGAAGCUUGUAGACAUAGCGAGAAAUUGCAACACACACAAAAAAACCAAGAAAACUAAAUAAAGGAUAAAGCAUUCACGUAAUAUUCGACUUAGAAACGAACACACAAAACAUAAACGAACGAAAUUGUCACGCAAAAUUAUAAAGAUAUAUACGUAGACCAUAGAUACCCGUAUGUACCCGCAUAAAUUCAAUUAGCGCUCAUCGAUGUUGAUGCUUUUUUGGGUAUACGAUAGAGAGAGCAUAAAGCGAGAACAUAUCCGCUGGGAAAAAACUAUUUGGUCGAAGGAAAAACACAAAGAUAUGUACCAGUAUCUCUAUCCUCUUACAAGCAGAUAUUUGUAUUUUUUAAUUUAAUAAUAUUAAUGAUAUUGAUAUUUAAUGUACUAUCUGUGUAUAUGAACAAAACAAAA